AUGGACUCGUCUUCGAUAAAAUACACGGUUAUUCUCUACGGCAUUCUAGUCCUUGGUUCUGGCAUUUUUGGAGGCAUCGGGCUCACCGUCAGAGUAGCAAUUCGAAGGCGGUCGAGGAAAAAAGCCCAUUCAAUUGUAGCCGACUUGGAGUCCGGAAUGUCUGAAUUUGAGUUGCAGCCCAGCAGCUCUAUCGACAAAAAUCCUGUUGUCAUUGAUCCAGAAAGUUUCAAACACUGGAGCCCGCUUAGGCGCCAGAUUAACAGCACAAAAGGUACUAUACCCUUGGAUAAUAUGAGGAAACGUCCCAAUCUGAGAAUCGCUUUCCCUCCCUCUCGUCAGGUGCAACUCCCAACCAAGGACGAACUGAGCAGCUCAUGGAGCACCACUGAGACCCUGACGACACCGAGGCUUGAUAUCGUUGCCGAGCUGAACUCUCCAGAGGGAAAAAUGUACGUCUAUCAAAUUCCAAAGCUUCUCCAAGUAAGGACCACGAUGGAGGAGAAUGCUUCGAUGGUCCCUAUUCAGAAACAGCACGACAAAGGCGGCAGGUCCAAAGUGAAGCUCUCGCUGCUCUUACGCCUUACUUUCCCCGUGCCCAAACGUCACUACUCAUGCAUUGGCUCUUUGGACGAGGCUAUCGGUGAGAUCAUGAACAAUACACAUGAAGGUGGGCGGUUCAUGCGGACUAUGAGUCUUUUCCACUUCGUCACCAUUGGCUCCACGGAAAAGACCUACGACAAUCCCUACUUCUUCACCAGAAAAUUCCACGAAGCUGUCGACUGGUCCUGGGACCCCCAGAUGCUAGCUGAUGAGCCUACUCUGUUGCAAUUAUCCAUUGUAGACGUGCUAGUGUGUUGGUGCUGGAAUCAGUGGUGUUGUGCCAACGGAGUGCAAGCAGGCAGUGAUCUUCUCAGAGUGUUGGCCCAAGCCGCAAGCAUGUCGCCAGAGGAAACUUACCACUGUGUUGGCCAGGGCGAGGUGAUGGCGACCUUGUGCCUGAUGUACAUUGGGCUUACGCAUUUUGCAGCCAAACAUCAGAGGCCAGCACUCUUCAAGAUCGCCACUGUGAUCAAAGCGUGCACCACUACAGCACCGUGCCACAUCCAUCGUGACAUUCUACCUAUUUUUGCCCAGGCCGUCUCUACAGCGCCACGAGAGUGCAAAGUGGUGAUUUUGUAUGAGUGUCUCAACGCACUAGCGAGCUCUCACCUUCAGUGCUGCUUAGAGUACAGAGACCUCGCACCUCCCACUAGCGACAUGCUAGCAUUGUUGAGACACGGGCUUUGGACACGGCAGCCUGGUGAUGUGCGCAACAAGGCCAAAACUUUAGCAGAGAUGUUGGCCAAAGAGUUUCCUCAGAUCACAGAGUGGUGCGACCAGGAAACGUCUACAGUGGAGUCCCUAGAUAACGUGGUGGCCCCAGGCGCCUGGCUGAUGUUUAGGCACUAA